UUUGGUUAACUUAAGUAAUUCUUCAUCGAUAACCGUUUUUACUUGAUUGCCAGCUUUUCCAUUCUCCACGAUGUUGAAGCCACGCAGUUAUGCCGAUCACGCUCCUCAUGACUGUCGCGCUGAAGAGUUCCUGCGCGGACUGCGUGAACAGCAGUCGACGGGGGACGUUCUGCGAUGUCGUUCUGAAGGGCUGCGAAAAGUCCGCGCCCGGCAUUCCCUGCCAUCGGAGCGUCCUCGGCGUGCACAGCGCCUAUUUUCGGGCCGUCUUCACGCAGGACUGGAAAGACUCAUCGCAGCCUGUCUUCCAGCUGCGCAACAUCGACAGUUACACCUUGAACGAGGUGGUCAAGUAUGCGUACACGCUAGACCUGAGCCUUGACGCUGACAACGUGCAGUCCAUCCUGGAAGCGGCAGAAUUCCUGCAGAUGGCUGCCGUGGCCGGACUGUGUUGGAACCACGUGGAAGAAAACAUGCAGCUGGCCGACUGCCUGGACAGUGGACAUCCAUGCUCUGGCAUCUCAACACCAUACCACCCAUAUGGUCGAGGCCGCUCUGGGCCUGAUCCGUCGACACUUUCUCCUGUUCACUCAGCGGCCAGACUUUCUCCAAAUGGACGCGCAGCAGCUGAUUGCGCUGAUCGCAUCGGACGACGUGGACGUGCCCAGUGACGACCAAGUGUUGGAGGCGGUGAUCCGUUGGGUGGAUCACGACCGUCCCGGACGAUCGGUGCAUCUGCUGGCCGUUCUGCAGGUGGUUCGUGUUCCGUUUUUGAGCGACCAGGGUCGGCAGGAAUACGCGCUGGCUCUUUCCUGUGCACCGGCCGUGAUGCCGGAGGGGCCAUCCGCGUUGGGCCGUGAAUUGACCGAGGGGACUGCCACAACGAAACAGACGAACCCGCGGCAUUCAGUGGGUGCACCGGAAGUAAUCUUGUGCGUUGGUGGAUGCAGCAUGGAACAAAUGUACGAGCUGGGCGUUUCGGUGGACGUCUUCAGCCCCUCGAUACCGGCAGUCUGGCGCCUGAAAGAGUUGCCAGUAGACGUCGAACAAUGCGGCGCAGUGAUGCUGGACGCUAGUUCGAUCAGCUGACUGUUUUAAUGGUUUGCAUAAAUGGCCAGUCUUAUUCUUACACGGAAUCUUUUAGGGGGAAAUGAACAGUGUCACGUGGAAGUGUACGAUCGUGUAUCCAAUCAGUGGCUUACGAAAGGAGAUACGCUUAUGCCGCGCAACCAAUUCGGAUGUGCCAGUGUGAAUGGGAAGCUGUACGCUCUCGGUGGAUACGGUACCGGUGGUCCAGAGUGUCAUGACAGCAUCGAAGUGUACGACGAAGCCGCCGACCGCUGGGAGCUGCACGCGUGCCGCUUGCCGCAAGGCAAGUCGCACUUCGGCUGUGCCAUGAUGCAGCUGAAACGCGAUCAAAGGGAACGUGGGCAGCCGCGGGCCCAAUAACUGCCGUUGACGCGCUACUGCUGGCGCUACGAUAAAGAACGAAUGAGGUCGCGUUAAAUUUGCGAACCGGGAACGAUCGGCUCUCGGAAUGAAUACAGCCGAUGAAUAAAGUUUGCACUCACAAAUCCCUGUUCAAACGCCAUACUCUGGUCCGAAUCGUCUGAUAGGGAGUUGUUUGAUUCCGAUUUAAUUGACUCUUCCUCAAUAACCGUUCUUACUUGACUGCCAACUGUACCGUUCUCAACGAUGUCGAAGCCACGCAGUUCUGGCGAUCAUCCUCAUGAUUGUCGGGCUGAGGAGUUUCUGCGCGGACUGCGCGAACAGCAGUCGACCGGGACGUUCUGCGAUGUUGUGUUGAAAGGCAGCGAAGAGUCCGCGGCGGGCAUUCCCUGCCAUCGCAAUGUCCUCGGCGUGCACAGCGCCUACUUUCGGGCCGUGUUCACCCAGGACUGGAAAGACUCAGCCGAGCCUGCCUUCCAGCUGCGCAACAUCGACAGUCACACCUUAAACGAAUUGGUCAAGUACGCGUACACGCUGGACUUGAGCCUGGAUGGUGACAACGUGCAGUGCAUCCUGGAAGCGGCGGAAUUCCUGCAGAUGGCUGCCGUGGCUAGUCUGUGCUGGGAGUAUGUGGAGGACCACCUCCAGCUGUCCGACUGCCUGGACAUCCACGCUCUGGCCUCCAACCACCACAACUCCCAUAUGAUCGAGGCAUCUCUGGGUCUGAUCCGUCGACACUUUCUCCACUUCACUCAGCGCCCCGACUUUCUCCAAAUGGAUGCGCAACAACUGAUUGCGCUGAUCGCAGCGGAUGAUGUGGACGUGACCAGCGAGGAUCAGGUGUUGCAGGCGGUGCAGCGCUGGUUAGAUCACGAUCGCCCCGAACGAUUGGCGCACCUCCAUGCCGUCCUGCAGGUGGUUCGUGUUCCGUUUCUGAGCGAACAGGGGCGACAAGAAUACGAGCUGACACUAGCCAGUGCACCGGCUGGGCUGCCAGAGCGUUCCUCCGAAUUGGGCAGUGAACUGACCAAGGGGACCGAAACGACGAGAACAACUAAUCCGCGGCAUUCGUGCGGUGCGCAGGAUGCGAUCCUGUGCGUGGGUGGAUGCGGCAUGGCCUACGACGGCGCAGCGGAAGCGUCCGUGGACGUCUUCUGCCCGGCGAUCCCGGCCGUGUGGCGGCUGGAUGAUUUGCCCGUGCAGGUCGAGCAAUGCGGUGUCGUGGCGCUGGACGCUAGCUCAAUGAUGAUCUGCGGCUCGCGCGCCAUCAUGACCGUCCACCGCGACCGGCGCUACACGGACCUGGAUGAUCAGUGGUGGGAUGAGCCCCGCCUGCGGACGCCGCGCAGUGCCGCCGGUUUCGCCGCGCUGAACGGCCGGGUUUAUGCGGUCGGCGGGUAUGACACACGGGACAAGAUUGCUGGCCGCUCGAUACUGUUGUCGUCGGUGGAGGCGUACGAUCUCGACAGUCAUUCCUGGAGCGCCGUCGCCGCGCUGCCCGUUGCUCUGGCUUCCGUGGCGCUGGUGGCGUGUGACGGGCGGCUGUACGCUUUUGGUGGCAACGGUGAAGACCGCUGCGGUUGCAGUUUGGCAUUCUCGUAUGAUCCCGCAACGGAUGCCUGGAGCAGACUGGCCGAUAUGCCGACGGCACGCAGCGGGGCCGCUGCCUGUGUGGCGCCCAGUGGGCUGAUUUACGCUGUUGGUGGAAACUCAGAGCGCCAUGUGGAGGCGUACGAUCGUGCCACCAAUCAGUGGCUUAAGAAAGGAGAGACGGUCAGGGCGCGCUACGAAUUCGGAUGCGCUAUUGCCAGUGGGAAGCUGUACGCUCUCGGUGGAUACGGUGGUCCGAGCUGUCAUGACAGCAUUGAAGUGUACGAUGAAGACGCGGAUCGCUGGGCGCUGCACGAGUCCCGCUUGCCGCAGGCCAAGUCGCACUUUGGCUGUGCGGUGAUGAAGCUGAAGCGCGGACCGCGCAGCGCGCCCAUUAAAUGA